UUGGCGGCGCCUUCCUCCGCGUGCAGUGCGCGGAGCAAGUGCUGGGGCGAUCGUGCAUCGUGGCGGAGAGGCGGCUCUAGAGAGAUACCGCAACGUCUGAAAUGCUGAUGCGGGUGUGGCAAGGUGGUGUAGAUGCUAGUGUUUCGCGGCCGAUGUCGUCCGUACGGAAAAAGUGAGAUACGAUCUGUGACAUCGCAAGAAUUGGUGAACAGUUCCAGCCAGAUGUCUGAAGAUGACUUCAAGCGACCCGUCGUCGCCGCCGCCGCCGCCACCCGCCCACCCGCCGCCUCACUCGAGGACGCACUGCCCACAGACAGGGUGCGCGCCGACGUCGGCCUACUACUGGACACCACCGCCCGUUGCUCUUCCGUUAUGGGCUCCGUGCCGCGCCGCAGAUACCCAGAGCUGUGCUGCCCAAUGGGGGAAAUUGCGGAGGAGUUACCUGCGGCUCAGAGUGAUAGUGACGGGAGUUCUACAAGCCUCGACGUAGGAGAAAGUUCAGAUAACCCAUUAAACCGAUGCAGGUGGGCAGGUUGUGGCAGAUGGUUUGGACAUCUAGAUCUACUUGCAUCACAUGUCACAAGAGUUCAUGCAACAUGUGGGCAAGGUGGCCUGUUUUAUUGUGGAUGGGAAGGCUGUGCUCGAGGAAAUAGAGGUUUCAAUGCCAGAUAUAAAAUGCUGGUCCAUGUAAGAACCCAUACAAAUGAAAAGCCUCAUCAGUGUUUCAAAUGUGAUAAAAGUUUCAGUCGAGCAGAAAAUUUGAAAAUUCAUGCUCGCUCACAUACAGGUGAACGUCCAUAUGUAUGUCCCGUACCAGGAUGUGGGAAAGCUUAUUCCAAUUCCAGUGAUCGGUUCAAACACACAAGAACACAUUCGGUUGAUAAGCCCUACAUGUGCAAAGUUCCUGGAUGUUCUAAGAGAUACACAGAUCCUAGUUCCUUGCGAAAACAUGUCAAAACGUACCGUCAUUUCCAAAAUGUCUGUCAAGAAAAGAUGAACGACCCAAUUACAGAUAAUCAAAUUUAUAAUGAAGAAACGCUUCAGUUUCAUAACUCAGGACAUAGCACAUCAGAAAAUGAAGAAGAACACACAAAGGAAAAUCUAAUAGAACCAAUGGAAGAAUCCAAUUCAUUUCCAAACCAAUCUGACUCUUCAAAUAAUUGUUUUGGAGAUAGAUUUUCUGAAAUAAAUAACCAAUCCUUUUCAAAUUCUACGGAAUCAUCUGAUGUGUCUUAUUUUGGUUCAAAUUCAUGUCACUUUCAUCAGUGGCCUAGACCAGAGUACAAUUUGUUUUGCUCUUGGUUGUCGUUAUGGAGUAAUUCUCUUUCAAACAACCAGGAACAAGAUUUGCCAUUAGAUCUUACUGUGCAUAGAACAACAGGAAGAAUAUAAGACAUGAGAAAAAAGAAAAUUCUUCCUCUUAGUACAAAAUGAAGUUUCCACUGUUCUUAUGAGUAUAUAAAAAGAGUCAAGUAGAUAUCUCAUUAAAAAAAGAUACAGUGAAUUGAGACUUUUAAUACACACCUCAUGCUAAUAUUGUACAAAGACUUUCAAACAAAUAAAAUUCAGCUUUUAUAAUUAAAAGAUUGAUUUCUGAAACUGGUGAUAUUUAAACAUUAAUCAUGAAAUAUAUUUCGAAGUCAAUAGAAAUAUUAUCCUUUUUUUCCGUUGGUACUUCUUUCACUGCUUAAAUUGAUUACAACAAUAUAAGAAAGCCAGCAAUGAUAUUACAAUAUUUGAAUUUAGAUUUAGUGAAAAUAUUUUAUGGUAAAAAAACAAAACAAUAUUCUAUCCAUUAUUAAUCUUCGAAACAUUGUUUACUUUCCAAGUCUGAAAAAUUACUCAUUCAAAAGUUGCUAUUGUGUAUUCAAGUGGUGUCACUAUUUUCACUUAUGGAUUGAAGUUAUCAAUUAAGUAUUUCAGCAGAAUGUUGGAAAAUUAACAAAAAGUCCUUAAUAUUUAUUUAUUUACUUAUUUAUUCAUUUUGUAAAUACAUGUAAAUACUAGAACAUAUUUAUCAAGUCAUUAUUCUUCAACUUUUAAUACAUGUGAAUGGUAUAUUUCUGUACCAAAAUAAGGAUUGCUAAAAAUUCAUCACGAAAGUGAUUUGAAAUAUCUGUACUUAGAAAACAGAUGUGUAAAUUAAAAGAAAUUAAAUGGAGUAUAAUAAAAAGUCAAUAUAAAUGUACUGAUUUCAAGUCAAAAAGAGUUACCAUAAUAAUGUACAAUUAAAGGACAGCUGAUUGAAAAAAAUGCAAUCCAAAACUAAGUCAGUAUGAAUUGUAUUGCUUGUAAAUAUUUAUGUGUAAUGUAAAUAUUAUAAAUGUUUUAUUUGAUUCAAA